UCUCCGUUGAGGGCAUCAACCCGUGCAUCAGUCCUUGAAGUGUUUUGACAACCAGACCACGUCAAAUCUCUAGAAUGUUCUCGUAUGCUGACCUGGCGGAUACCAUUGAGGACAUCAGGCACGAGUUUGAGACAAAUGGCAUCAGCCAAGAGAUGGACGCCCUGGACUGGAUCAAAUACAACUCCAAGAGGAAGAAGCUGCUGAAGAACCUGUAUGUCGAUGAUGUGGACGACGACACGGCUGUACUGCUGGAAGAAAUUGACAAAGAGAGACAGUCCCUGAUGAGAAAGAGACCCCUGGCAAACAAGAUGCACUGUGUCUUCUGUAAGAACAAUAAGGAACAAGACAAAGUUUACAACACACACCUGGUCAAGAACUCCAAGGGUGACACCACCUGCCCCAUCUUAGCCAAGUACAGCUGUCCCAAAUGUUACGCCACUGGCACCAAGGCCCACACAAUCAAGUACUGUCCAUACAAUGACCAUGGUCUAGGGGUGAUGGACUGUUUGCUGAAAACUCCAAGAAAUGGCGCCGGCAGGAAAAGGGGGUCAUCCACUGGAUCAACCUAAUUCAUUCAUCUACCUCGGCUCACUUCUCUACUAGUAGUCACCAUUUAUUGAUGUCGCCCAUCAUCAUACUUUCAUCACCAUUCAUUGACAUGUUGUCACCAUUU